CAGUAUCAGAGUUGCAUUGUUUCCAGCCAAUCUUGAAAAAUAAAAAUCUACCAACAUGUUGCUACUACGCUUCAUGUUGAUUGUGCCUCUAGCACACGUUGAGCUAUUCUUAAUGCCAAGUCUAACUGACUUAUGGAACCUCGCAAAACUUGGAUGGAAAAUUGGAACAAAAAUCAAAGAAGGAUACGAUACCUACGAGAAGCUCAUGGAAGAUCCCACCGAUGAUACCAACGAAAAAAUAGACAAAGUAAUGAGUCACGUAGUGGAAAUAUCCGGCAAAAUUGAAGGGUUUGAAUCGCGAUUGGAUCAACGAUUAGACAGUAUAGUGGAAUCGUUGGUUAACAGAAUUACACUUGUCCAAAAACUUGACACGUCGUUCCUCGAAUUGCACAAAACUAUUGUGGCCAUUGACAAUAUGUGGGAAAACUAUCUUAAGUAUUCGAAGAACCGCCGAAAUUUCAACAGAGAGACGAUCAUUGAUUUUAUAUCUUGGUCGACUGGACCCCAGCAUGGCGGUCUGCAGGCGUUGCUCAGUCAAAUGCAUCGAUUGGUUGUCCCACUCAGGACCGCAAAUCUGAGAGAAAGUUUACUAAUGACGAUGUUGAAACAUGAACUCGAAGUUCAAUUGAUAAGCUGCGAUGAAGGGGUCUCACAUCAGUCGGUCAUUUUCCAAAUCUAUUACACCGUGGCUCUUACCGAAUUACGAGGAUUUACCAUGACUGCCUAUUCUUAUGGAUUAAAACCAGUAUACAAAAAAGGCAAAUACAUCGCCGAAGUAGAUGAGAUGCGGGCGCGAUUCACAAUGAGGACACGCGAUUAUUUAUUGGCUACGAAAGAGGCAAUGCAAGUUGCUUCAAAGAGGAUUCGUCGGUGUGACCCUAAGGGGGGAUUUAAGAGAGGACAAAGUUUUGCGGAGAUGGAGGAACUCUUCCAAACGUAUGUCGUUAAUGAAGCAGAUAUACAUCAUGGUAACUCCUGCAAAAAGACAUGUGAAACAAUGAAAAAAACUACGUUCCUAAGGGCUACCGACAAAGCUAGUAAAUACGAUUAUUCCAGGCCUUGCAGAGGUGAUAUUAUAGGUUGUAGAUUUGGAGGUGGAAAAAUGACACUUUGUACAGGGGAGUUCCCAAGACGGUAUGAAUGGUUCAAGGAAUCCAAUGGAGCUGUUAAAGGAGACAACAGUAAUGGUUGUCCUAACAAACUCUACUACCCAAGUGGAUGGAAGCGCGGAUUUUAUAAAUGCGACUAUUGUGUAUGCACCUGUGAGGCCAACAGAGCAAAUAGUAAAGCAAAAAGGGCUAUCAGUUUCCGCAACGUACAAGUGAAUAUCCACCAGAACAUGGCGGUUACGGGUGUGAGAAUAGUUCAACACGAUGGAAUGAUUCAUCUUCAACUUCAAGAAGGGCGAAUUGAAGCGGGGGGUAUGAUUCAGAAGAACAGUCAACGGUGGCUGCCCAUCGAAAAAUUGCGAUAUGAGGCGGCCGGUGACGCUGGAAGAUACUGGAUAGAUUACACAAGAGUGAGAAAGGAUCUGAUGAAAGUAGGGGUAGAUUUCGAUUUUAUCACUGGUUCAUCGAGAUCAAUAAAUUUGGACGAUGUUGAGGCUCCAAAAGGGCACGUUGUUGUGGGUGCUCGAUUUAACCGUCCAAAAGGUGAGAAAGACGAUUCGGACAAUCCGAUACGUCUUGAAAUUCUGUACAAGCGUGUUGACUAUGUGAAUGGCAAACUAUCGCAUUCAAAUUCAGAUAAUCCCCAAUGGAUGGGUGUAGACAGCAAACAAUCAAGUCGAACACGAGUCAAGUUUGACGCACCAGAUAAUCCUCUCAAGCAUAAUCUGAAUUUGCCAACGCUGAAACCGAAUCUUUACAUUGAGUUCCGAGAAUCAGAUACAAAGAAGGACGCUGGACAAAGCACGAUUCCAUUCUGGGAUAUCCAAGAAGUAGUCACGACGCCUGCUUUUCCACUUUCAGGCAUUGGUAUAUUCCAUAAAGGCCACAGAGAUGGACUUUAUGGAGGAUACCUUGCAUUGCGCCUACUCUCUUUCGACUUCGCGCAUAACCUCAAUACUACAAUGCCAGAUGAUAUACAAAAAGCAUACAAGGAAAUUUAUGCCGAACCCGUCUAUACCCCAACGGGUGUCUUGUGAGGUCUGAGUUUUGAUUGUUCGGCUGAGUUUUCAAAAUCCUGAAAAAUUAGGACGAUAUUCGUAGGCCGAAAUCUGUAUACCAACGACAUAAUUAUUUGUUCACUACUAUAGGCUUGAGAACUAUGAUACGAUCAAGUCAAUAUUUCCCAUUCUUUGAUGCAAAGUUGUGAGCAAUCCUGGCUUAUAAAUUAACUAUAGAAUCGCUUAUUUUGAAAAUAUGUUAAACACUGUAUGGAACACCCUUGAAAAUAAAGAGAAUCUAAUUUGAAAUCAA